AUGAAAUUCUCCGUAAUCUCAGCUCUUCUGGUUUGUCUAAUUCUAUUUGCUCGGUCGAAAUGCAUUCACGGCGAGGAGGCCAAGAAAAACAAAUUUCGUGAACGAGAAGCCACCGAUGAUGCCCUUGGAUACCCUGAGAUAGACGAGGAUGCUUUGUUGAACACACAAUGUCCAAGGAAUUUGGAGCUAAGAUGGCAAACGGAAGUGAGUUCUAGCAUAUAUGCUACCCCCUUGAUCGCUGAUAUUAACAGUGAUGGGAAACUUGAGAUAGUGGUUCCAUCUUUCGUUCACUACCUUGAAGUCCUAGAAGGUUCUGAUGGAGACAAAAUGCCAGGCUGGCCUGCUUUUCAUCAGUCAACUGUGCAUGCUAGUCCCGUUCUAUAUGAUAUCGACAAAGAUGGUGUAAGGGAAAUAGCUUUGGCGACAUACAAUGGGGAAGUGCUCUUUUUCAGGGUGUCGGGAUAUAUGAUGACAGAUAAGUUGGAGAUACCUCGUCGUCGCGUUCGUAAGAAUUGGCAUGUGAGUCUUAAUCCUGAUCCAGUUGACCGUUCUCAUCCAGACGUUCAUGAUGACCAACUUGUCGUAGAAGCAGCCAAGACUAAAUCAAUGUCUCAAACAAGUGAAGGUGUUCCAGAGUUAAACCGUACUACUGAGAUCACGAUGAAUGGAACUGCGAAUGAACUUAAUAAUUCAGCUACCAUAUCAACACAAAUGCUGAACAUUUCAAAUACUGUGAAUACCAGCAAGGGGAAUGACAGCAAAGUUGAACCAGAUAUUGUCCUGCCUACAAGCAUGGCCAAUACUUCUAUGAAUCUUACAACUGGAAUACUCGAUGGGACAAAUGGAACUGGCACUAGUAGACGACUUUUGGAAGAUAUUGACUCUAAACAAUCUCAAGAAUAUGGUUCAAGGUCCAAGGUCAAUGGUAGUGGAGAUGCUCACGUUGCAACCGUUGAAAAUGAUGAAGCUUUGGAAGCAGAUGCUGAUUCAUCAUUUGAUAUAUUCCGUGAAAAAGAUGAGCUGGCUGACGAGUAUAAUUAUGACUAUGAUGAUUAUGUUGAUGAAUCCAUGUGGGGAGAUGAGGAGUGGACUGAAGUCAAGCAUGAAAAAGUGGAGGAAUAUGUGGAUAUUGAUGCACAUCUAUUGUGCACUCCUGUCAUAGCUGACAUCGACAAUGAUGGGGUAUCUGAAAUGAUUGUAGCUGUUUCAUACUUUUUUGAUACUGAGUACUAUGACAACCCAGAGCACAAGAAAGAAUUGGGUGAUCUUGAUAUUGGGAAAUAUGUAGCUGGUGCCAUUGUUGUUUUCAAUCUGGACUCAAAACAAGUAAAGUGGACAGCUGAACUAGACUUGAGCACAGAUUCUGCAAACUUUCGUGCUUAUAUAUAUUCCUCACCUACUGUCAUUGAUUUGGAUGGUGAUGGGAAUUUGGAUAUUCUUGUUGGAACUUCCUAUGGCUUGUUCUACGUCUUGGAUCAUCAUGGCAAGGUGAGAGAGAAGUUUCCUCUUGAAAUGGCUGAAAUUCAGGGAGCAGUUGUUGCAGCUGAUAUCAAUGAUGAUGGAAAAAUUGAACUUGUGACUACUGAUACACAUGGAAAUGUUGCUGCCUGGACUGCUCAAGGUCAAGAAAUUUGGGAAACGAAUCUUAAGAGCCUUGUACCGCAGGGUCCAUCCAUUGGCGAUGUUGAUGGGGAUGGUUAUACCGAUGUUGUGGUACCGACGGUGUCAGGAAAUAUAUAUGUUCUCAGCGGCAAGGAUGGGUCAUUUGUUCGUCCUUACCCCUAUAGAACUCAUGGAAGAGUGAUGAAUCAAGUUCUUCUCGUUGAUUUGAACAAACGCGAUGACAAAAAGAAGGGGCUUACUCUAGUCACAUCAUCAUUCGAUGGGUAUCUGUAUCUUAUAGAUGGACCUACAUCAUGUGCUGAUGUUAUUGACAUUGGCGAGACUUCAUAUAGCAUGGUCCUGGCUGACAAUGUUGAUGGUGGAGAUGACCUUGAUCUUAUUGUCACAACCAUGAAUGGAAAUGUUUUCUGCUUUUCAACCCCUGCUCCUCAUCAUCCUCUCAAGGCAUGGAGAUCACCCAAUCAAGGAAGAAACAACGUUGCAAUCCGGGACAACCGUGAAGGUGUUUUCAUUUCACAUUCAUCUAGAGCUUUCCGUGAUGAGGAAGGCAAGAACUUCUGGGUGGAGAUGGAGAUUGUAGAUCGUUAUAGAAACCCAUCCGGGAAUCAAGCACCAUAUAAUGUCACCACAACCUUGAUGGUUCCUGGCAAUUACCAGGGGGAGAGAAAAAUAAUACAAAACCAGAUCUUCAAAGAACCAGGAAAUCAUCGGAUAAAACUUCCAACUGUCAGUGUUCGGACCACAGGCACUGUUUUGGUGGAGAUGGUUGACAAAAAUGGACUCUAUUUUUCGGAUGAGUUCUCCCUCACAUUCCACAUGUAUUAUUAUAAGCUCCUGAAGUGGCUUCUUGUCCUCCCGAUGCUCGGAAUGUUCGGUGUGCUCAUCAUCUUUCGCCCACAAGAGCCCGUGCCAUUACCAUCAUUCUCCCGGAACACUAACCUAUGAUCAUAGCCCCAUAUAAAAUGCUGAGCUGAGGCACAUUCAAGUCAACGAACAAGGUAUCUCUGACCGAGAGCUGGACUAUGCGCGAUCUUUUGUUAUACUUGUUUAGAGUUGGUUGUUCAUCUAAUCUACAGACAUGUUGAACCCGAGUCGAAUCGAAAUUUUUGAUGAUGAUGGAGUAGUGGGGUUUCCGGUGAACAUAUCUGAAAAAGCUAGACACUCAGAAAGUGUUGCAAAAUCACAUCGUUUUCGAGAUCGAAGGGAUUUUAGUCGAGAUAAAUUGAUAUUUAUAUACAAUUUUAUUCUUUUCCUGUCCUGUG